CACUUUAGCUGCUACGGAAGUUAGCCGCAGUUAGCACGUUAGCAGCGUCGUCCACUCCCGUCUCCAUGAACCCGCCCCUGUAACUCCGUGUAACUCCGUGUAACUCUUUCCUCCAGCAUGGACAGGCUCUGCAGAUGUCCCCCGGGCCGGUGCUGGUGCUCGGCUGCCUCGUCCCCGUCGUCGCUGCCCGCCUGUGUGGUCAGUCAGCAGCAGAGGAGUGAGCAGCUAGCCCACUAGCCGCAUCUCUCUCAACCUCCCUGCUCUGUUUUUCAGCUUUGCUCUGGACUGUCCAACCUCUAAUGCUGGUGUCAUUCACGUGGGGACGUCGUGAGGAAGCCCUGGAUGAGAGCUUGUCCCAAGCCUCAGUUAUAUUAAGUUUUUUUGUCCCCCCCCCCCACCGUAGUUACUCCAAUACCAGCCUCUGCUUGACAACACUAUGAUAAUUUACAUGGACCCCGCCCAGCCCAGAGGGACAGGAAUCCCCCAAAACCAAGUGCUCCAAAUGAUAUGAUAGUAGCUGCCUGGAUCACUUUCUGUGCCUGCAGGAGCCUUGCACAGGUUCUGCUCCUCCUCUCCUCAAAUACCCUUCCUCCAUUCUGGGAGACUCUGUCUAGUGUUGUCUCCGGCACUGGAACCAUGGGUAACAGCUGUGUGUGCCGAGAGGAUAGCGACUUGGAGGACCAUCACCAAGGAUCUUCAAGGGCGACUCGAGGACAAGCUAGACGGGUGGACCACAGCACAACUGUUGGUGUUGAUGCUGGAGAGGCUAGAAGCAGUCGACCAAGAGACCCAGUCAGGCCGCCACGCAGAGGGCGAGGGCCCCAUGAGCCUCGGCGGAAGAAACAGAAUGUGGAUAGCCUGGUGCUGGACACAUUGGCUGUCAUCAGGACACUUGUAGACAAUGACCAAGAGCCCCCUUACUCCAUGAUCACCCUGCACGAGAUGGCAGAGACGGAUGACGGUUGGCUUGAAGUUGUCCAGUCUCUUAUACGAGUGAUCCCACUGGAUGAUCCACUUGGCCCUGCAGUGAUCACCCUUUUACUGGAUGAAUGUCCUCUCCCAACCAAGGAUGCUCUCCAGAAACUCUCUGACAUUUUGAAUCUGAGUUCUGCAGUUGCACGACAGGAUGCUCUUAGCCCUGCUAAGCAUAGAAACACCACAGCUGUUUUGGGAUGCCUGGCGGAAAAACUGGCUGGUCCUGCCAGUAUAGGAUUGCUGAGCCCGGGAACUCUUGACUAUCUUCUAGAGAGUUUGAGCUCGGAGGCGCACCCCACGGUCAUGCUGUUUGCUCUGAUUGCUCUGGAGAAGUUCUCCCAGACCAGUGAGAACAAGCUGACAGUUUCUGAGUCUUCUAUCAGCAAACAACUGGGUAUCCUGGAGUCAUGGGCAGACCACCCUGAUUACCUGAAGAGGCAAGUUGGAUUUUGUUCACAGUGGAGCCUUGACAACCUGUUCUUGAAGGAAGGUCGCCAGUUUACUUAUGAGAAAGUCAACCUAACCAAUAUCAAUGCCAUGCUCAACAGCAAUGAUGUCAGUGAAUACCUCAAAAUCUCCCCCACUGGGCUAGAGGCACGAUGCGAUGCCUCGUCUUUUGAGAGCGUGCGCUGUACAUUCUGCGUGGAUUCGGGUGUUUGGUACUACGAGGUUACAGUUAUUACUUCAGGGGUGAUGCAAAUUGGAUGGGCCACCAAGGACAGCAAGUUCCUAAACCAUGAGGGCUAUGGAAUAGGAGAUGAUGAAUACUCAUGUGCGUAUGAUGGCUGCAGGCAGCUCAUCUGGUACAACGCUCGCAGUAAACCUCAUUCUCAUCCCUGCUGGAAGGAAGGAGAUGCCAUUGGCUUCCUGUUGGACCUCAGCAAAAAGCAGAUGAUCUUUUACCUUAAUGGACAUCCGCUGCCACCAGAGAAACAAGUUUUCUCGUCAGCCAUGUCUGGUUUCUUUGCAGCAGCUAGCUUCAUGUCAUACCAGCAGUGUGAGUUUAACUUUGGAGCUAAACCUUUCCGUCACCCACCGUCUGUCAAGUUCAGCACCUUCAACGACUUUGCCUCGCUGCUGCCCAGUGAAAAGAUCAUCCUACCAAGACACCGGCGUCUGGCCUUACUGAAGCAGGUUAGCAUCCGAGACAACUGUUGCACGCUGUGUUGUGACGUCAUGGCUGACACAGAAUUGCGACCUUGUGGACAUGGUGGUAUGUGUAUGGAGUGUGCCUUACAGUUAGAGACGUGCCCCCUGUGCCGCCAGGACAUCCAGACGCGUGUCAGACUCAUUGCACAUGUCUCCUGACACUUUUCCCGACCUUUUUCCUAUAAGGAGAACACACAAGGCCUACAAUUUCCUCCUUCACCUCCUCUGCCUCUUACUCAACGGGGCAGUGAGAAAGAUGCCACAAUAUUGUAAUGAUGACAGAAUGGCAAGUUCUGGUCAGAGCAGGCAGUGAUGGAGGGGUGGAGAAAAAGACGGAAGAUGAGAGGAAGGGGGAUGAAACCACAGCUGUAUCCCAAGGAGCUUUUCCUCAUUUGCUUAAAUUUCCUCUUUUGUAUCCUUCUGACAACUCAUUGCAGAACCUACGCCAAGAAUUGACAGCUUUCUACUAACGGUGGAUUUUUCAGAAAAAGAGUACAAAAGUGUGGUGCAAAGACAAUGUAUCUCAAUUACAGACAGAACCAGCUUUUCAUUUAUGUAAAGUUAUCAAGAAACAUCCUCCCAAAUCAUGAGGAUCUCACUGCACUUUCAGUCCAGAGGCUUCUAUUUAAUCUCAUCACCUUUGUGCAUGUGUCAAUCCUGGCAAUUUUAGUAGCUGAAGAAGAACACGGCCUGUAGUACAGUAUUGAAUCCAAGGUACAGAUGAAUCUGAAAUGUCCCACUUUGUUGUUUUUGGCCAUAGAUGUGCGAAUUAUUGUUCUUUUGAGGUAGCAUUUUUCUUUUCCAACACCUAUACUUGAGCAGCUUUACUUUUACUGUCUUGACCGAUGGCCCACUAGUAGGAGUUGUAAUGGUGAGCAAAAUGUCACAUUUUGCUGUUGUCAGGAGACUUGAGCAUUGUGAUUUGAGUUUACAAAAUUGCUCAAUCAAUCAUCUUACAUAAAAGUCAAUCAUGUGACUAGUGUUAAACAAACAAUGAACAGAAAACUAUUAUUACAGUUAUGAAGCAGAUGAGGAUUAAAAUGGACAGAAAUUCCAUGUAUGGAUUAUGCUCCUGUUCCUCUUCAAAUAUUGCAUUGAAUAAUUGAAUCUACAGUAAUACAGUUUCCACCUGAGUUUGUCUGGUAUUCUUUGGUGCUAACAUUAUAGCAAUGAUCUUAAAUUUAGCUCCACUGUGAGUAGAGCUCAUGUCAGGGGCCACACAAGUAACUGUCUUAUUUUUUGUUUGAUUACUCGAACAUUGGUCUGCUUGUUAAGAUAUAAAUGUCAGUCCUGUCAAUGUGACUGUAAAUUUAUGUUAUAAAUAAUGAACACCUACAUUAGCUACGAAGUAGGUUAAUCUGGAAGAUUGACUUUCUUUUAAGAAGCGGUAUGUUGCCUGUCAAAUUGUGAGGGGGAAAAAAAACCCCAUCAUGUUGACAUGACCUACAAUUAUGUGACCGUCAUAAUAGAAAAUACAAAUGUCUCGUUACCCACGAAUUAAUGCAGUAUGAGGAAUUUCCUGCAGACGUAAUUCUACAGUGUAUUUUUAAUUGAUUCACCAGGUCAGAUGGAAAAAAAAAAUGUUUUCCUUCUUUGUGGUUUGAACAACAUACUACGUGCUCUGUUUAUGAUUUAUCCUUCUCUGUCUACAACACUGUCAGUUUUCUGUUUAUUUCUGUUUAUGUCUGUUUUUCUGUCUCUGCUCUACUUGAAGCAUCUCUGGGUUUACUGAGCUGUAUUUUGGAAACGGGUGACAAAAUAAAUGUACGAGAGAUCGUGAUUCAGGAAAAGUUCUGUUUGUACAACUUUAAAAAAAAAAGUCAUUUCAAAUUACAACACUGAAUAGUUUUAAUUGUAUCAUUGUUUAUGAAAGUGUUUACUCAGUCAAAUAGCAUGAACAUAAUUUCUAAAAUCAUUCAGAUUAUAUUUGAAUGAUUUCUGAGAAUAAUAUGCAUCUCUUAGUAUGACAUAAACUGGUCAAUGUUUGUUAUCCUGUAUUUCCUGGAGCACCUUACACAUGGAGUUUAGAGAUAUCUUGUCUCUGUGGUUGGAUAUGAAGUUCAGGAUUUCGUAAGAAUAAGUUGUGUGUUGUAUGUAAGCAUCUAUAAAAGAAACAUGCCCCAGAGGUCCCAAAGAUGUGAGUUAUUGAAGAAUUGUUUGCUGAUUUGUGAUAUUUGUAAUAAAUGUAUGUUAAUGUGA